AUGUCAGAGACAGUCAACAUCCUUCUCGUCGGGGCUGGCGAGAUCAACUUCGGCUCGGUCGAAGGGCCAUGGAAUCAUACACUGCGGCUGGAACAAAUUCUGGGCCCCCGUCUACGGGUGGUAGCACUCAUCGACCUCGACGCAUCCCGAGCGACCGCAGCUCUCGACGCAAAGCUCGCAUCCCCAGCUGCACCCGCCUACGCCGAUUGCAAAGUAUUCCCCACGGUGACGGAGGCCGCGCGCUCGCCGCUCUCCCAGACACCCCACAUAGCGAUUGUCGGCGCCCCGCCCUUCGCGCGCGGCACCGACAUCCCUGGGAGAGAUCUGGAGCUCCAGCUCGUCGAAGCGUUCCCGCGAUGCGCGCUGUUCGUCGAGAAGCCCGUCAGCAGCGGCCCUGAGGAUGCGGCCUGGCGCGUCGCUGACGUACUGGAGAAGAGCGGGACGCUCGUUGGCGUCGGCUAUAUGCUGCGAUAUCUGAAAGCUGUGCAAGUGAUGAAGAAGAUCAUCUCCGAGAACGGAUUGGUCGUGAUGGGUACCAAUGCACGAUAUGUUAUGGCUUACGAGUGGGCCAGAAAACCAGCAUGGUGGGAUAAAACCCGUUCCGGAGGACCCAUCAUCGAACAAGCUACUCACUUCUGCGACCUCUCCCGCUACUUCGGGGGCGACGUGCACCUCCCGUCCGUCGUCGCGCACACCGUACAGCCCAACGAAGCUCCCGGACAACUCUCCGCGAAACGGUUCGACGAAGACCCCAUCCCGCCCGAGAACCGUCUUCCGCGGCUGACGAGCGCGACGUGGAAAUACCGCGGCGGCGCUGUCGGGACGCUCACGCAUGUCAUCGCGCUACAUGGGAACACGUACGACACUGAGUUCGAGGUAUAUGCUGACGGGUACCGCUUCAAGCUCGUCGACCCGUACGGUACGCCCAAACUGUGCAUCAGGCGACCCGGUGCGGCAGAGGAAGAGGUGCAUGUCUUCAAAGAGGACGACCCCUUCCGCACCGAGCUCGAGACCUUCGUGGACGUGGUCGAAGAACGAGGCUCCAGAGACCGGGUUCUGAGCUCGUACGAAGAUGCGAUCAAGACGUAUGAACUGACGUGGGCGAUCAGGAGGGCAAGCGAGACCGCUGCAGCAUCAUACGCGUAGC